AUGCUCCUCGGCAUCACCGAAUUCCCGACACAGCCGCAGCUGCGGGGAGCGCGCCUCUCCUGCGGAAAACAGCCGGGCCCGUGGGGGGCGCGGAGGGGACCGGCCGCGCCGCUCGGGGCCGCUCCGAGCUCCGGCGGCGCCUCCCUGCCCGCGGCCACUGGCUGCCACCGGGUGCCACCCGCGGGCGAGCGCGGCGGGGCCGGGCCUGGCCGGGCCGCCCCCCGGGCCGGCAGCGGGCGGUGCGGCGGGACCGGCGGCAGCGGCAGGAUGUAUGGAUUUAUAAACACGUGCCUGAAGUCUUUGGUGGUUGAAAAGUAUGGUGAAGAAACAUGGGAAAAAUUAAGGCUGCAGGCUGGAGUCCAGGAUUCUUUCUUGACUUUUGAGGUUUACAAAGAUGAGAUCACAAUGCAGCUUGUUGACAAGGCCUGCAAAGUAUUAGGUGUCCCUGCUGACAUUGUUCUGAGGGAGUUUGGAAAGUAUUUCUUUGAAUUCUGCAAGCGCUCAGGCUACGACCACAUGCUGAGGACACUGGGGGGAAAUCUCUAUGAGUUCAUAGAGAACCUGGAUGCAUUGCACAGCUACCUGUCCCUUUCUUACCAGGAGAUGAAUGCACCAUCAUUUAGAGUAGAAAAGAAUGAAGAUGGGUCAAUGCAUUUACAUUACUAUUCAGACAGAAGAGGUCUGUGCCAUAUUGUGCCAGGAAUCAUCGGUGCAGCAGCCCUGGAUUUUUUUAACAUUGAGAUUUCAAUGAAAAUAGUCAAUCAAACAGAAGAAGAAGAACGAACUGGGAAAAAAGAACAUAUUGUUUUUCUUGUCACUCAAAACCCUCUAUUUCCAUGCAAGGAAAGAAAAGAAUUUUCUUCCUCAUCUCAAUGUCUUGUUGACUCUGAAAAACAAAUUGAGAACCAACUGAAUAAAGAGGACCUUGAAAAAGCCAAGAAUGCAAUUGGAGACAGAGGAAACUCUGUUUGUCCUGUUAAGAAAAGUCACUGGAAAACAUUGAGAGGAAUAAUCACAUUAGGAAAAGGUAAGCUCCUGAGAGGAUUUGAUCCUGUUUAUCCCAAGAGCCUCUGGAUUGACACAAAAACAUUUUGCAAUGGACUUCCUUUUCAUAUGGUUUUUGACAAAGAGCUCAAAGUGAAGCAAGCUGGGGUGAGCAUUCAAAAGAUUGUACCUGGCCUUCAGACCAUGGGCAUCUCCUUGGAUCAGUAUUUCAGGAUCGUUCACCCAGAAGUGCCCUUCACCAUCUCCAGCAUUCAGAAAUUCAUCAACAGCCAAUUUGUUUUCCAGACGAGAAGAGAGAUGAUGCCUGAGUCAUGGAAAGAGAGGCCAAUGCUGGAGCUGAGAGGCCAGAUGAUGUGGAUGGAGCCCCUGCAGUGCAUGCUGUACCUCUGCUCGCCCCUGCUGCGCAGCCUGCACGAGCUGGAGGAGCGGCAGAUGCACAUCGCGGACAUCGCGCCCCACGACGUCACCCGCGACUUGAUCCUCCUCAAUCAGCAGCGCCUGGCAGAGAUGGAGCUCUCCAGCCAGCUGGAGAGGAAGAAGGAGGAGCUGAGGAUCCUAUCGAAGCACCUGGAGGAGGAGAAGAAGAAGACUGAAGCUCUGCUCUAUGCCAUGCUGCCCCAGCACGUGGCCAACCAGCUGAAAGAGGGGAAGAGAGUUGAGGCAGGAGAGUUCAAGGAGUGCACUAUAUUGUUCAGUGAUGUGGUGACCUUUACCAGCAUUUGUGCCCAGUGUGAGCCUAUUCAGAUAGUUCUCAUGCUAAAUUCAAUGUACCUGAGGUUUGACAGACUGACCACAGUGCAUGAUGUGUACAAGGUGGAGACGAUUGGAGAUGCCUACAUGGUGGUGGGGGGCGUCCCUGUGCCUGUACCCACUCACGCAGAGAGAGUUGCUAACUUUGCCUUGGGCAUGAUAAUGGCAGCCAAAGGAGUACAGAACCCAGUUUCUGGAAAUCCUAUCCAAAUUCGAGUUGGGAUCCAUACAGGUCCUGUCCUGGCGGGGGUUGUUGGAGAAAAGAUGCCUCGUUACUGCUUGUUUGGAGACACGGUGAAUAUCGCCUCCCGCAUGGAGAGCCACGGCGUGCCCAGCAAAAUCCACCUGAGCUCCAGUGCCUACCAGUGCCUAAAAUACAAGAAUUUUGAGAUUACUGAAAGAGGAGAAAUAGAAGUAAAAGGCAAAGGGAAAAUGCACACAUAUUUCCUCAUUAGAAAUAAAUCUGCAACUGAGAAUGAGAUUAUGGGAAGACCAAUGAAAGAUUUAGAUUCUGGCCAUGAAUCUGUUCAGUCCUUUCCAGAAGGCAAGACUGAAACUAUACCAAGUUCUCAUCAGCCAGCUACUCAGGCUCAGCAAAAGAAGGACCAGACCCCAACUGUUGCAAUGAAGUAUGUUGAUGCCCCCACAGAUGCACAAAACAGCCUCAGAAGAAGGAAUCAGAUGAAAGCUGGAGAUUUAACAGGCAAAACUUGUGAUUCCAAAAGCGAUGGGAGUCUCCAUGGCAACCAGCAUGCAGAUGAUGGUCCUCGUCCUCCAAACCAGGGAAGAGUCAAACCUGCUGCUGAAGAGCCACAGAAUAGAAAUGUUCGCUCUAAUUUUUGCACUUUACUCUAAGUUUCUUACUUUUACAUCAAACAGAGAAAUUUUAUUAUGAUUUUAUGCAUUUUGCUGUUAUGGGACUGAUUUUGUAUAUGAGUACCACAUGAUUUUGUAAAGAAAGAAGAAAAAAGACAUUUCAUCACAGUUUUCAGUAAAAAUAAAACAGUGGAGGAAAUUUUUUUUAAUCCAUCUACAUGGGCCAUAAUAUUUCCAGUAGAGAAAGAAACCCUUGCAGGAUGGUUUGAAGAUGCAUUUUUAGCUUGUGCCACAUCUUUGAAUAUCCUUGUGUAAAAAUCAUGUGUUGGUAUCUGAUGCAGCAAUCGGGAAAGAGGUGACUCAUCCAGCUAGAAAUAUUCCUACUCAAAUGAGCACUUGCCAUAAAAGAAACAUUCCCUGAAGUGACCAUCUGUCUUGGCUCCAGCACAGCCAGCAACUUCCCCAUGUAAGGUUAGCAGCAUUCCACCUAUGUUUUAGCUGCAAUAACAGCUUAAUUUCAUAACUUAUCCUUGGUUGGGUCAAGGCAUUAUGAAGUAGAAGUGCAGAAUAGAUCUAAAACAACCUGUAUUUUUGCAUCUUGAAGAGAGAAUAAUGUGUGUUUGAUAGCAGCCAACAGUAGAGAGGAGCACCUGUGAUCUCUGAACCAGCCAUAGAUCCUGUGCACAGAAGGACAUGGAAAUGGUGGAGAUACCACGCAUCAGAUUUGUCACACUGAAGGACUGUUCAAGGCUUACAACCUAUUUGAGACCUUCAAAUGAGUUUCAAGUUUAUUUCUUAUUUUUCCAGCUAGACAAAAAAAAACCAAAACAGAACCAAAACCAUGUAGGACUGCAGAAGGAGACUGUCAGUGCUGGAAUCAAUGUUGCUAGCACCAUUGAAAACAACAGCAUUAGAGAUCAGCAUUACCUGGUAUCAGAGGCUGCUCACCUGAAAUACUUCCAGGCUGACAUAUUCUCUAGAUUAUGCCUGAUCAGAAAUGGGAGAGAAAAAUUGAAGCUCAGUUGUCAGGGAUUUCAGAGAGAGGAGCAAAAAUACAAUGGCUAUAAAGGUUGUGGACAAUUUGGUGCAUCAUAAAUUGUGCUCUCACUCCUAUAAAUGGAGCUUGGACCAGGUGGGUGACUUUGACAGAAGAUGUGCCCUGCACACUGAUUUAUUACCUUUGGCUGUGGAUUCUUCAGCUAAAGAUGCAGGCAUGAGACCAAUGUGAACUCUGGGCAGGAACUCACUGGAGAAGGUGAUAAAGUUACUCCUCUCUGACAGUCUGGAGCAUCACAUUUCCACCUCUGUGUCUGCAGCAAGAGCGAGGCUCUUUAAACACCAGACAGAGAGCAAAGACUGAUGAAAGGCAUCUCCUCCUCUUUAUAGUCUGGCCAGAUGAAAUUUCACCUGCUUAGAGUUUUUUUCUUUCCAAAUCUCUGAGACAGGAGCUGGGCAGCUCAGUCUGCAGGAACAAUUAGUGCAAUUAGACCAGCAGAGGAGGAUGCACAGAGUGAAACCAUUGGUGCUGAUCUCCACUGAAGAGGUGUUCCAGGGGUUUGCUGGGUGUGAUCCCACACAAUGAACACCCAUUAGCUUUUGGAGCCCCUCACAAGCACAUGCUCUGGCUUAGCUUCCUCCAGAAGAGAUCCAUUGAACACUUGCUUUGCUUAAACCUGCCCUUCCUGCUCUGAACAAUCUGUGGGUGUUUGAUAUUGGAAUGUUUUAAUUGCCAGUAAGUGCUCCAUGGUAAGUUACUUCAUGCUGUCCUGUGGUGAAAAUGGUGUGCUCAGUGGAUUCUCUGUGGCAUCUGCUACAAUCUGGUUCUCCUGGGGGUGCAGAGCUGGGUCAAAUCUGCACAACUGCUUCUAAAAAUUAAUGUGCCUGUGCAGCAUCAUGUGUUCUUAAGUCUGUAGGCAUUUCUAAAGACUGCAAAAACAUAAUUCAAAAAUAAAUAUUUUCAUUAAUAUACCA